GCGUAAAGCCAACGCAGGGGAUGUCGUCAUGUCGCCGUUGUCCUGCUGAGUCUUUGGGGAAAAUCCUUCCCUGCUCGGACAGAAGCGUGUUUUUAGAAAUGUGUUUUUACUUUUCACUAACAGGGCGGCACAUCCUCGCGACCACAUGAGCCGGCAGGAGAGUUUCCGAACAUUUAACAACAAGAAGAAGAAGAAGUCGGAGAGCGGCUGCCUUAGCUCACUGGCUAGCCGGCUAGCUUGCGAGUUAGCAGCGUAGCUGCAGCAGCUGCUGUUAGCAUGGCGUCUCCGUUCAAAAUCCCCAAGAAGAAACAGCCAGCGGGUUCUGACUCCUCCCACCUGCACUCGCAGUCGCCGCUGUCCCGCCUCCAGAGCCCCGCCCCAGAAUUUAAGGGUUAUGGGCAUCAGUCCAGCAGAGGCGGGGCUGACAGGAUGCAUGCUGGGAACGCGCUGGGGUCCUCAACGAGCAGACAGAGCGUGCCGUGUACACCUGUUUUCAGGGACUAUGUCAAAUCGCUGCUGGGACUCAACAGCCCGAACAGAGGAGCGCCAACAGCCAAUCGCAGAGCACCGGGAAGCUGCGGCCGCCAAUCACAGCCCGGACAGAGAGCCCAGUCGUCGUCGGGCUGCGUCUCAAACGGAUGGCGUCCUAAGAGAGCGUCAGACCGCCUGCUGCCGCCUGACGAGGCCUCAGAGCCCCUGACUCCACCACAGAAGAAGAAAAGUGACCUCAGAGGUCCGCCCCUGUCCACUAAAAACAUUUCUGUGGAGUCGCUGGACUAUCUGGCAGAGCUGCGAGGUGAGGAGCGUGCUGGGAGUUUGAGUUCACCGACGCAGAAAAAGAGGACGUGGAGGAGAGUGGACGCCGCUGAGGAGAAGAGCGACUCAGGAAGCUCUCCUGAAUCUUUAAAGCAGCAGCAGAAGUCGUCUGUCUCCGGUUCAGACCAGACGUCAGAGGACGACUUUGUGUCUCCGCCCAGAGCCGGAAACAAACCUCUCCCCAAGGACGUCCGCAGACCCUGCUGUGCGCCGAGGUCGACGCCCGACGCGAGGCGGGGCCUCAACAGGACGUCGUGGCUCGUCGCCAACAACAACCUGAUGGAGGAUCUGAGGGAGAAGGAGCGAGAGAAGUGGAGGGCGUUCAGAGAGAAGAAGACGGCCAACAGGUCGGCCGUCCUGCAGCUCCGACUGAGGAAACCCAAAGCAGCAGAACCCAUCGUGCUGUCGAGCGAAGAGGAAGAGGAGGGUGAGGACGACGCAGACGGAGGGAAGAGGACUUUACAGAGCAGCAGCCUGCUGGACGAAUCCCAUCUAGGAAAGCCAGAGCGGAUGCAGGGUCAGCAGGCUUGUUCUUCUAAAGGUGAAGUAGACGGGUUUAAGCCGGCGCCACCUUCCUUCCUGCAGCUGAACUUCGCCUCGCUUCAUGCCGGCCUGACGCACGCCGACGCGAGCGGGGAGAUGAUGAUCACUGAACAUGGCUUCAUUAUUCCUCUGAAAGGAGUUGAGGAGGGGCAGGUCUCUGUGGUGGCGUCCCAGAUUCGGGGCUAUGGCGUUUGGGACGGGGGCGUGGCUCAGGGCGGGGGUUUGUUGGCUGGUUGGAAAGGUCCCGCCCCCUCGCUGAUCUUCCUGUGGGUGACCGACGCUCAGGCCACCCUGCUGCAGACGGAGCUGUCGGCCAUCCGGACCUCCACCGCCGCUUCAGGCCCGGUGUGCUCCUUCCUCCUGCUGGUGCUGAAGGAGCAGCUGCAGGAGCUGCAGGCCGCCCUGCUGGCCUCCAUCCUGGACAUGGAGGAGUACAAGAAGGCCUCCUCCUCCUCCAGUGGGCCCACCUCCCCUCUGGAGUGGACCGACGGGCUGCUGCUCCUCCACAGCUGUCCUCCUCCUCUGGACCAGCACCUCCUCGGCCUGCUGGGACACUCGGUGGAGAAAUCCAGUCCGGCGAGAAAGUCCAACCUCAGAUCCUCUGCUCUGCAGCAGCUUCCCACCAGGUUGAUCCAGUACCCGGCGGCGCCCUGUAAAGGUCGGAUCACGGUGACGAAGGAGGACCUGGCCUGCCUGGCCAGCGGCGAGUUCCUCAACGACGUCAUCAUCGACUUCUACCUCAAGUAUCUCCUCCUGGAGGGAGUCGGGGGCUCGGCGGCCGAGCGGAGUCACGUCUUCAGCAGCUUCUUCUACAAACAGCUGAGCAGACGGAGAGCGGCCGGAGAGGACGCCGCCCCCUCCGUCCCCGAUCGUCACAUGAGGCAUCAGAGGGUAAAGACGUGGACCCGCCAUGUCGACAUUUUCACCAAAGACUUCCUGUUUGUGCCUGUCAAUCAAGAUGCUCACUGGUACCUGGUCGUGGUUUGUUUCCCGGGUCUGGAGGAGGUUCAGCACGAGGAGUUUCAGCGCCCGACAGGUGGAUCAGAGCGAGCUGCAGGAAAUCCAUCCCUCAGUCUUAGACCACAGCAGCCGCCGGAGUGCACUCAGCAGGGCUGGCAGAGGGACACUGUGUUAAAGAGGCCGUGUAUACUCGUCAUGGACUCGCUGAAGCUGUCGUACCACGAGAACGUCUGCAGACUCGUCAGAGACUACCUGCAGGUGGAGUGGGAGGUGCGGAGAGGGACGCCACGCCUCUUCACGUCAGACAGCAUGAGGAGCUUCAGCUGCAAAGUUCCUCAGCAGGACAACAGCAGCGACUGCGGCCUGUACCUGCUGCAGUACGCCGAGAGCUUCCUGCAGAACCCCGUGGUGCACUUCGACCUCCCGUUACGGUUGGACAGCUGGUUUCCGCGGCAGCGAGUGCGACAGAAGCGCGAGGAGAUCCGCAGUCUGAUAAUGAGGAUGCACCAGAGCAACGACAGCUGAAACCCAGGGACCAAAAAACACGGCACACUGAGCCGUUAAUUGACCUGUGCAAUAAAUAAUUUAUAUUUUU